UAAUGUACAUAACUUCCAAAUAAGUUGCUUUCCCUACUUUUCAGUCUGUGGGUCCUUCAGUUUUCCAGUUUCUAUAUCCAAGCAGACACCAGUAUGAAGCUAGCUAUGUUGUUUUGUCUCCUUAGUGAUUCACAUGUAAUCGAUUAAUGUCUUAUUUUCUGACGUUAGUAACCAAAGACUUUAUCUUUCGCAAUUGACAUAGUCUAGUCUAAUACCGAAUCAGUACAUCUUGCAACGGCAUCCAGUUGUAGUUGAGACUUGACUAAAGAAAGAGUAAAAGGAACAGAUCAGCAACAGUUUUAAUAGGUUUCUUUUGAAUCCAAAUAUAAUCCCAUCCCAGUACAAUUAACAAACUUUUAAGAUUUAGGUAAUUAGGUUAGCAUGUUGCAGUUUAAUCUAAUUUGAAGCAGGCUUACGGUAUGCUUGGAACUUGUGGAACAGACAUGAAACUCAGGAAAGUAAGAGAAGGCGAAUGAGGGAGAAAUUAAAAGAAAAGAAAGUUUAUUUUCUCUUAUUUGGUUUUGCAAAAAAAAAAAAAGAAAGGAAAGGAAGAAAGGAAACUAUUUUCUCAUGCUUGAUUUUAAAGAGCAAAGGGAAGAAAAUAAUAUGCAAUGUGCCAAUGUGAGUGUAAAAGAGAAGAGGAAGAAAUAAUGAAGGAAAAGGGAAGGGAAUUGACUUUUCACUGCUUUCAGUUGAAUUUUUUCUCUUUUCCUUUCCUUUUCUACCAAGAACCAAACAGAGAAGAAAAAUAGAAUCCUUUCCCUGAAGCGGUGUUCCAGUAAAUUUUCGGCCAUUGAUCACGGGACACUGUUACGAGACGAGAGGAUUCUCACAGGAUCUAAAUAGCAGGAAAUGCACUGGAUCACUUAUUAUUAUACAGAGAAUUUGAACUCAUGUUCCAAACAGAGUGUUAGCCUCCCAAUGCAACCUAGGAAAUUAUAGGCUCAAUUGUGAACUUAAAUUGUCCUGAUCCUCUCUCACUUGACACAAUCUACUUGACAGCUAUGGAGUUGAAAAUGGGUAUACGAGAAUAAGGGUCCCGAAGCAAUAAAGUGGGAUGCUUAGUCCUCAACUUUAUUCAAAAAUGUUCUUUCUUGCUUUUGACAAAAAGGAGGGGCCUAUUGUUCGGUGGUGGAAUCCUGUGCCUUGCUGAAGCAUCUUGGUUCUGGAAUGGCUACGUGUGGUGAGAUUUGGUUUUCAUUCCAAGAACAGGAAUGAGUUAAAGAACAGUAAUAACUAAGCUACAUAAAAAGAAUCCGGGAAGGGCCUGGAAGCGACCCAGACUAGACCGUCCAGUGGCUCCAGUCUAAGGACCGGAGAGGAUCCAUUCCAAAGAACAUAUACCUCAGUCAAACAAUAUACCCGGGGCAUAUUUCGAGAAAAUUAAAUCCCAGGUGAAUGAUUUCAAAAUAUGUAUAAAAAAAAAUUGAUGUACAGAAGAUAGUCUUGUGGAAUUUUUUAGCAAAUAUGUUGUGCUGGACUUUGAAUAGAUAUGACAUGAAAGUACAAUUAAAAAUGCUAUAAGUGGAAGUUAAUGCCAGUAAAAAUGCAUUUAUAUACCAAAACACAAAAAUCAACAACUAAUAAAAUAUGCAUUAACAAGAUACUAUAGUUAACACAUGGUCCAACCAAAGAGAUACCACCAAAUAUAAUUGGAUGAAGGAUAACUUUAGGAAGUGAUAUUUUAUCUUCUCCUGUCCCACAGCAUUUCUAUUACUGCUGGUCUUAACAAAAAACAGGUCCAUAAUUACUUUUAAUGAAUGGGCCUUACUCCAAUUUGUUUUUAGGUCAUCAGACUACUUUGCCAGGCAUUUUGCUCGUCGUAAUUCCCAACGGGCCUUUCUUCCGGCCGACGAUGGUGAAUCCAGCAUUGCCAUUUUUGUCACUCAUAAAUCUACAAAACGAAUCCUGAAAGACAAACGAUAGUGUUACUGAUUAGUUCAGGUACUUGGAAUUGAUGGGAAUCCGAAGCUAAUAAGGUUGUAUUAACUAAAAGCAAAUAUCACCCAACAUGAUUUUUGUUACAAUUAACUUUCUGACAAAUUCUUAAAAAAUAAACAGUUUCGAUCAUUGAAGCAAGCUAAAAAAAGGCCCACAAAGACCCUAAGCGGACAGACAAGUGAGAAUCCAAACCCACAAAUUUAGAAUCUUAUUCUAUAUUCCAAGAGUCUUAAUUAGCAAUCCACACUUCAGGAAAGACUAGAAUAUUUUACCCCACCGAAUAAUCAAAUCCAUAUAUUCUAUGGCAUCGAGUGAUAGACUUAGGCUCCGUUCUGCAACCUUAAAUAAGCCCUUAUUUUUUAAGAAGGCAAUUUCAAGUUAAAAAAUAAUGUGUUUACGUAAAUAAUUUUUCUAUCAAUAUGGAUCUUGUUUGAUAGAUCCUAUCAAGAUCUUUUAUACAGUGCAAAAAAAAUUAAAAAAUUAUUUUUCAUUUACAUUAUUUUUUAGUUUAAAAAUGUGAAAUAAACUGUUUGUUUUUAAGAAGGUUUCUGGAACGGGCCCUUAGAACCUUUACAGCAUAACUUAAUCCAAUUCUAGAGACUAGCAACACAUGACAAAAUCACAAUCUAAUGCAAUACUCACCCAUUCAACAUAGCCACUAGCUCAAGCGAUUCAAUUAGACAAUUAGUAUAAAUAUAGAUCCCAAUACUUUUUUUUCGGGUAAUGUAGGGUGUCCCAAGCCAAAUCUCGAAAUAAUUCUUAAAAUUCAUCUCACAGUCUUUUGAUAUGCUUACUUUUGAUAUGCUUACUUGUAGGGUAAGAUGAUCCCAAAAAUUGCUUGUCAAGAUAAUCAAACUUGUAAUCUUAGGUGAGAAAGAAACUCGUAAAUCGGGUUAAUACAUACCAAUACUUACACAGAGAAGAGAUGUAUUUAUCACAGUUCGCAAUUUGGGAAUGGAAUGGUCGACAGGUAGAGGUGGUUUGAGCCUUUGAGGAAGAACCCAUAAAGGAGGGAAGCCGAAAAGUUGAAAGAAAAACUUCACGAGAGAGAAUGGAAUCCAAUCUGUCUCUCUCUCUCUCUCUCUAAAAAAAGAUGUCUCUCUCUCUAGGUAUAUAUAUUUUCGGAUAGAUACACUGCCAAGCAUCAGCAGCAACCAACCACCUCAACAACAUCCCCCGCCAAAAACAUUCCCGAAUCCCAAGAAACAGAAAACACGCUACCAAAAAAUCGGAAAAAUCCAAAAAAAAAAAAUUAAAAAAAGGAAAAACCACCAACGGAAAUACUACUCCAAAGCAAGGAACCAAUUCAAAAAGGCCACAGCAAAAAGCCAACACUCCCCACCACCACCACCACUCACCCUUCAUCUCCUCCGCCAUCAACGGCCACUCCUCCCCAACCCACCACCGCAAACCCCCCAAAAAUGACACCAUGACGACGUCGUCCUCUAUCCAUCCCCACCCGCCGAAAACCAGACGGAAACUAGUCGUCGACGUCGAGAACGCCAAGGACCUCCUCCCCAAGGACGGCCAGGGCAGUUCCAGCGCCUACGUGGUGCUAGACUACGACGGCCACAAGAAGCGAACCUCGACGGUUUACAGGAACCUGAACCCGGAAUGGAACGAGACGGUCGAGUUCGACGUCUCGGACCCGAGCACGAUGGAGUACGAGGUGCUCGAGGUCGAGGUCUUCAACGACAAGAGGAUGAGUAGCGGGAACGCGAGGAAGAACCAGUUCCUCGGCCGCGUAAAGUUAUACGGCAGCCAGUUCAAGAAGAAAGGCGAGGAAGGCUUGGUGUACUUUCAGUUGGAGAAGAAGAGCGUGUUCAGUUGGAUCCGAGGAGAGCUAGGGUUGAGAAUUUACUACUUCGAUGAGGUUAUUCAGGAUGAUGAGCCGAGAAAUGAUGGUGAUAAUACUAAUGUGCAGCCGGAGAAAGAGGCGGAGCACCACCCGCCGCCGUUUGCCACGGUUGUCGGGGAGGAAGGGAGGGUUGUGCCGUCGGAAAUUGCGAUGGAAGGAUCGCAGUUUCCACCUAUGGUGACGAUAGAGGAGUCUCCUCCACCGGUGGUGAUGGUUCACCAGUCAGACCAUCACCACCGGUAUUAUUAUCACCAGGAGCCUCCGCCGUCGCAUCAACCGGAGCCUCCGCCGUCGCAUCCUCAGCCGCAGCCGGAGUAUUAUCCAGCGGAGGUGAGGAAGAUGCAGUGUGCUACGGGGAGGAAUACUGGAGGAGAGAGUGAGAGAGUUAGGGCUUAUAACAGGCGGCCGAUGAACGGAGGAGAUUAUGCUCCGAAAGUGAUUAACAGCAAGUUUAACAACGGUGAGCCGGAGAGGGUGUACGGCGGACUCGUCGAGCCGAUGCUGUAUUUGUUUAUAAGAAUCGUGAAAGCAAGGGGAAUCAAUCCGAGCGCGGAGGCUCCCUACGUGAAGAUCAGAACGUCGAGCCACUUCGUCAGAUCUAAAACGGCGUUGCGCAGCAGCCCCGAGUGGAACCAGGUCUUCGCCCUCGCUCACAACAAAUCAGACGCGAGCUCCUCGACGCUGGAGAUCUCCGUCUGGGACUCGCCGUCGGAGAAUUUCCUCGGCGGCGUCUGCUUCGACCUCUCCGACGUCCCCGUACGGGAUCCGCCCGACAGCCCUCUCGCUCCUCAGUGGUACCGCCUCGAAGGCGGCGGCGGCGGAGGAGAAGGUACAAAUUCCGGUGCCGUCUCCGGCGAUAUACAGCUGUCAGUCUGGAUCGGGACUCAAGCGGACGACGCUUUUCCCGAGUCUUGGAGCUCGGACGCGCCUUACGUGGCCCACACACGCUCGAAGGUUUAUCAAUCGCCUAAGCUGUGGUACUUGAGAGUGACGGUUAUCGAAGCUCAGGAUCUCCACAUUGGUUCGAAUCUACCGCCGUUGACUGCUCCGGAAAUCCGAGUCAAAGCGCAGCUAGGGUUUCAGUCGGUACGGACGCGGCGAGGAGCGACUAACAGCCACUCGACGACGUCGUUUUUCUGGUACGAAGAUCUCGUCUUCGUCGCCGGCGAGCCGUUGGAAGACACUCUGAUACUGCUCGUUGAGGACCGCACGGGGAAGGAUCCGGUGCUCUUGGGGCACGUUAUGAUUCCUGUGGCCUCAAUUGAGCAGCGAUUGGACGAGCGCCACGUGGGGUCCAAGUGGCUUGGUUUGGAAGGAGGUGUGGGGGGUGGUCAUGGUGGUGGUGGCGGCGGCGGCGGCGGCGGCGGGAACUACUGCGGGCGGAUACACCUGAGGAUGUGCUUGGAGGGCGGGUAUCACGUGCUGGAAGAGGCGGCGCACGUGUGCAGCGAUUACCGGCCGACGGCGAAGCAGCUGUGGAAGCCGGCGGUUGGGAUUUUGGAGCUGGGGAUCCUGGGGGCUCGUGGGUUGUUGCCGAUGAAAACCAGGGGCGGAGGGAAAGGGUCUACCGAUGCUUACUGUGUCGCGAAGUACGGGAAGAAAUGGGUCCGGACCAAAACCAUCACUGACAGCUUUGAUCCACGCUGGAACGAGCAGUACACGUGGCAGGUUUAUGACCCCUGCACUGUUCUCACCAUUGGGGUGUUUGACAACUGGCGUAUGUUUUCGGACGGAACGGAGGACAAACCUGAUUUCCGUAUCGGGAAGGUCCGGAUCCGGGUCUCUACCCUCGAGAGCAACAAGGUCUAUACCAAUUCGUAUCCAUUGCUGGUGCUGUUGAGGACCGGGUUGAAGAAAAUGGGCGAAAUUGAGGUGGCCAUACGGUUUGCUUGCCCGUCUUUGUUGCCAGAAACGGGCGCGAUAUACGGGCAGCCAUUACUUCCUAGAAUGCACUAUCUUCGUCCGUUGGGGGUGGCUCAGCAGGAGGCAUUGCGUGGGGCCGCCACAAAGAUGGUGGCAGCAUGGCUGGCUAGGUCGGAGCCUCCAUUGGGGCCUGAGGUGGUUCGGUAUAUGUUGGAUGCGGAUUCGCACACUUGGAGCAUGAGAAAGAGCAAGGCCAAUUGGUUUCGGAUCGUUGCGGUUUUGGCUUGGGUAGUUGGGUUGGCGAAAUGGUUAGACGAAAUCCGAAGGUGGAGGAACCCGGUUACAACUGUUCUUGUCCAUUUGCUUUACUUGGUGCUUGUUUGGUACCCGGACUUGAUUGUCCCGACCGGAUUCUUGUACGUGACUUUAAUCGGCGUUUGGUACUAUCGGUUCAGACCUAAAAUCCCGGCCGGUAUGGAUACCCGUUUGUCCCAGGCUGAAGCGGUGGAUCCGGACGAACUAGACGAGGAAUUCGACACCAUACCCAGUUCGAAACCGCCCGAAAUACUCCGGGUCAGGUACGACCGGCUGAGGACACUGGCUGCUAGGGUCCAAACAGUGCUGGGUGAUUUUGCAACACAAGGGGAGAGGGUUCAAGCCUUGGUUAGCUGGAGGGACCCAAGGGCCACCAAACUGUUCAUAGGGGUGUGUUUGGCGAUCACAGUGACACUCUACAUGGUGCCACCAAAGAUGGUGGCAGUGGCUCUUGGAUUCUACUUUUUGCGCCACCCAAUGUUCAGAGACCCCAUGCCACCAUCAAACUUGAAUUUCUUUAGAAGAUUACCCAGUUUAUCUGAUAGAUUAAUGUAGUUGUAGAAGAUCAAUAAUCACUUGGGUAAAAAAUCAGCCCCUUUUAGGCUCUUUUUGGGGACCCAGAAAUUGUGGGGGAUUUGUGGUGUUGGAGAGGUAUCUGAAACUGUUUUUGUUUCUAAUAUUUGGGCUGAAAAUGGAAAAGGGUUUUGGUUAAUAAUAACAUGGGAAGGAGUGAAAAAAGUUGGGAGCUGAAAAGGGGACAAAGGUGGGGGAGGAAGUUUUUCCUUUUUCUUUUUGUAGUUGAAUUGAUGGGCUCACUGUUUGAAAAUGGAGAGAUCAAAAAGGGGGAGCAAGGAGUAGUAGAUUGAGGAAAAUAGGGUUAUUAGAUGAAACAUAAUGGCAAAGUUUGAAAUGCCAGUGAUUUUUUUGCUGUAGUUUGUUCUUCGAUAACUCGGAUGUUCGAACCAAUUUUGGUGUAGUUUAUUGCCGGAAGUAUUAGCAUUGAAUUGCACUCUAACUUGUAAGAUUUGCUU